AUCUUCCUCCUCUCUUUCUAUUAGUUUCUUUUUUUUUCUUCUCCAGAUUUUUCUCUGAUUCACAUCUUUUUCCUCGAAUGAUCGGUUGAGAGAGGAUGGUUUCAGAGACUUGGUUUCGUAAUCUGUGGAGGUUUCCAAAGAAACAUGAUGGUCAUAAAGAUAAGGCGGUGCUCGGAGUAUUAGCGUUUGAGGUUGCGAGUUUGUUGUCGAAGCUUGUUCAUUUGUGGCAGUCACUAAGUGAUAAGAAUGUUACAAGGCUUAGGGACGAGAUUACGCAUUCCACUGGUAUAAAGAAGCUUGUUUCAGAAGACGAUGAUUUUAUCGUGAGGUUGAUACGCGAUGAAAUGAUGGAGAACGUUGAGAAUGUAGCGAAAGCUGUGGCUAGGCUUGCGAGGAAAUGCAAUGAUCCCAAGUUGAAGUGCUUUGAGAAUUGUUUUAGUGAUAUGAUGAAGACUGGAGUUGACCCUUAUGGGUGGCAGUUUGGGUGGAAGAAAAUGGAUAAGAAAGCGAAGAAAAUGGAACGUUUCAUUUCAUCAAAUGCUAGUCUCUACCAGGAGACUGAGAUUCUUGCUGAUCUUGAACAGACUUUCAAGAGAAUGAAGAGCAAUGAAUCUGCAACUGACAAUCUUUUGGAGUAUCAGAAAAAAGUUACAUGGAAAAGACAUGAAGUGAAGAAUCUGCGGGAUGUGUCUCUUUGGAACCGUACUUAUGACUAUACCGUCCUUCUCUUGGUUAGAUCAGUUUUCACAAUCCUUAGCAGGACUAAACAUGUUUUUGGCUUGAGUUACAGAAUGGAAGCAAGUGAUGUUAGCUCUACAGAUUCUGAUUUCAUUGGCCGCAGCCACUCGGUUUCUACAAUUUUAACUCCUGUAUCUCAUAAAUCUGAGACUAGCGGUCUUCCUAGAUUUGCUUCUGGUCCCCUUGGAAGAUUUACCGGUCCAGCAUCAGGUUCAGCUGCUACAAGGUCCACGAAGAUGAGUGAUUUCCUUUCGGGUUCUCUCAGCGCUGAAUCCCCUAAGUCAGGUCCUCUUGUUGCAGAAAAACAUAAACGUUUCAAGUUUUACUCAGGUCAGCUCGGGAAAAUCACCUCCAAAUCAGGACCACUUAUCGGAAUGGGCAAAAACAACAAGAAGAUGGGGCAGACACCGGAAAGGCCUUCAAUUUCCUCAGUGAAAAAGCAAUUGAAAGCCAACCGGUUAACACAGGUUGGCCCGUUUAAAGGCUGUAUGGUGUCUCACGAUGGGAUUACUCCUCUCAGCACUAGGACCCGGAAUGGAGCUAGGAAUAGUAGUGCUGAGCAUCACAUUGUUGAAGGAAAUUCUAACUCUGUCCACGUUGAAAACUUGACACUUCCUACCCGACCCAAGUUGUCAGAUGCUGCUCCUAAUACCCUUGGUGCAGCUUGCUUAGCAUUACACUAUGCGAAUGUCAUCAUCGUGAUAGAGAGAUUUGUUGCAUCUCCUCACUUGAUAGGCGAUGAUGCAAGAGACGACCUUUACAACAUGUUACCGGCGAGCGUGAGAACAUCGCUUAGAGAAAGGCUAAAACCGUACUCGAAAAACUUGAGUUCUUCCACAGUUUAUGAUCCAGGACUAGCAAAAGAAUGGACAGACGCAAUGGCGGGUAUCUUAGAAUGGUUGGGUCCAUUAGCGCACAACAUGAUAAAAUGGCAAUCUGAGCGGAGUUACGAGCACCAAAGCUUGGUUUCAAGGACGCACAUAGUUCUUGCACAAACCCUUUUCUUUGCAAACCAGCAGAAGACAGAAGCCAUCAUUACAGAGCUUCUAGUUGGCCUCAAUUAUGUCUGGAGAUUUGGCAGAGAACUUAACGCCAAGGCUCUUCAGGAGUGUACCAGUAGUAAAACCCUUGAGAAAUGCUUGGACACAGAUAACUAGUGAGGACGACACACAAGUCUGCAUUUUUACUACCUCGUUGACCUAAACCGGCACUGGAUCUCACCCACCGGGUAACCAAACCGUGGGCACGCCCAGUAUCCUAUGCAGCUUGGACCAAACCCGAGGACGGAAAAGGUGCUUGAUUACCAUGAGAGGUAUUAUGAUCUGAGCACCUCUUUAUCUUCUUCCCCCUUUACUAUUCUGCUUCGUGGAUUGCAAAAUUCUGACUUGUAGUAGGAUUGGAUGAUGAUGCGUUGUAUAUUGUUCUAUGAUUUUAUUGUGGUGAGUUCCAUACUGCAUAUAUACGUAUGUGCCAAGGUUGUUUUUGAUUCUGUAAUAUCCGUUGGUGACACAGAAGAUUCCUUAAUUCGGACCUUAAAUUCCGAUUUGUCCAAGUUUUGUCCUGUAUUAUUAUUACUCGUGCUUGGUCUUCUCUUGUAUUCGUAUUUGGGUUUGUCAAAGUUUGGAACUAAAGUGCUAUAGAUUUA